UGCUAACCAAAUCAAUGAAAAUCAAUUAUUAAAACUUGUUGCAUUUAAUAUCUAAAACUAGGAUUCUGCCAUAUUAUGUUCAAACUAAUAAAUCGUUUCAGUGCAUCCAUGACAUGUUCGGUUAGAUUGAAGAAAACUGCUCAUCGUUUCGACGAACGUAAUUCAAUGGGAUUUGCAACUGCUUGGACUCCAUUGUUUUCUAUUACCUUAUUAUUUCAAUGGCUUUCUGCGAAGCAUACACGUUUUACCCGUCUCUUCUCUUUUGAUAGCACAACAGAGAGAAGGCAAACAUUAUAUACUUAUUGUUGGACUUUAAAUAGACUCGGUUUAGUGUUUGUUAUUCUACAACCUGUUGAUCAAUUCUAAACCUAGCGAAAGUUCCGUGACGGGCAAAAAUGUCGCUGACCGAGGUUGGAAGCUCACUGGCCGGUUUUAUAGAAAUUCAUCCUGGUUUAAAGUUACUAACCGACCGCAAUUGUGUCAUUCGGGCUGACAAUGAUCCAGCGGAUGGCAAGGUUAAGUUAAUAUCUGGUGGAGGGAGCGGCCACGAACCAGCCCAUAUCGGAUAUGUGGGUAAAGGAAUGCUAACUGGUGCCGUUUGUGGGGAUAUCUUCAGCUCACCCUCUGUGACUGCUAUAGUGGAUUGCAUCAAGGCCGUAACAACGCGAGGCAGCUGUGCACUUCUGAUUGUAAAAAACUACACCGGAGAUCGAUUGAAUUUUGGAAUUGCCUUGGAAAAGGUGCGCGCAAUUGCUGGGUUGCAAGAUAUCCGGCUACUGCUAGUCGGAGACGAUUGUUCGAUCGAUGAAUGCCACAUUAGAAAGUCUGUUGGAAGAAGAGGGCUGGCCGGAGUUAUACUGGUUCACAAGCUACUUGGAGCUAUGGCGGAAAUGGGCUGCAAUAUAGAGGAUAUUUUGGCUUUUGGUGAAGGUUUAGUUCAGUGUUGCAAUCUAGCUACUAUUGGCUUUACGUUUGAGUUAAGAGAUUCACAACUUGAGAACAUCGAAAUUGGCAAAGGGAUCCACGGGGAACCAGGCGUCUAUACUAUGAAAGCAUGCAGGGAUUUCAAUGGUAUUAUAGAUUUUAUUCUCCCUAAAUUACUUGCAAAUGUGAAACAAGGUUCUGAGAUACUACUAUUGAUAAAUAACCUUGGAGGGACUUCUGAAUUUUUGAUGGGGACAUUCAUGAAUAGUUUGAUGAGCAAGAUGAAUUCAUGUUAUACUGUGAAACGUAUACAUGCAGGAACCUUUUUGUCUUCUCUUGACCAAGCUGGGAUAUCAGUGACUAUUCUGAAUCUGGGAUAUUCAUCAAUGUUGCAAGAAUUGUUGGAUUUUCAAGCAAACGUUCCGGUGGCACUUUUUGGAAAACAAGUAGGGGACAUGCUAGCGAAAUCAAGUGCCAUUCAAUGCAGUUUGGAGGAAGCAUUUGUCCCGACUAACCUGAAUGCAAUGUGUGCGAUCAAUGAAAGUUUUGGAGUGAAACUAACUUCUACUAUAAUCGCUUAUAUUUGUGGAGCGCUAGUCUCUUGUACUGUUAUGUUAAACACAAUCGAUAAAGAAGCUGGGGAUGGAGAUACAGGAAGCACUAUUGGCAAGGGAGCUACUGCUAUUCUGGAACACCUUAAUGAAAACAAACUAGACUUGUUACAUCCGGCGCUGCUGCUUCAACAGAUCAGUGAUAUCUUGCAGCAAGAUAUGGGUGGAUCAUCUGGUGCUUUGUACAGUUUGUUUUUCCAGGGAGCUUCAACAGUCUUCACAAACAUGGGCGAAGGCCAACCAAGCGUUUCCAUACGACAAUGGAGCCAAGCCAUAAGCAAGGGGAACGACACCAUCGCCAAAUAUGCCCUUACAGAAAUCGGUGAUCGUACAAUGUUCGAUCCACUAAAAGCAGGCGAGAGAAGUUUAACGGAAGCCAUAAACCAAAAUCUCCCGGUUCUUGAUUGUGUGGAAAGCUUCACUAAAGCAUGCGAGGAGACCGCAAGGGCUACGAAGCUGAUGCAAGCGAAGGCCGGGCGAGCCUCGUACGCUGCAUCAAUGGGCAGCACGUCAUCCGUUUCCUAUCAACAUCCGGAUCCAGGAGCACAUGCCGUAUCGAUUUGGGCACGAGCCCUGUUCGAAGCUUGUAAGCAGGUUAUUGUAACAUGAUCAAGUUUAAACGAUAUUUGUGAUUAAGGAAAUAGAAUAGAAUUUACAAAAUAAAUUAAAGGUUUGAAACCAAAUUGAAAUUGAAAAUUUCAUUUGUUAUUGUCCCAUAGACAAAACAUUGCCGAAUACGUUUUUUCCGAAACAAACUAUAAUGUGAAUAUGUUGCAGUUAUUUCAUAGAUAAUCACUAAUACGUUUCUCAUAUUUUCCACAACUAUGAUAACUGCCACUAUCUACAUUAAACGGUCUUUAUUGAAGCGUAUUUUGCUUUGGAACUCCUUAAUAUACUUGUACUCUGCGCAUUUGUCGCAGAUUAUGACGCCCUUCGAGAUCAUAUCAUGAAUACUUUUAUCGUGGCAUACAAUGUGAACCAGCUUUAGGUUCCCGAGCGUAAAAAGCUCUAUAAAAUAAGUUAUCACAGAAAGUUUGGUGCCCUUCCGAUUGUGAAUCUUACAGAUUGCGUUAGCCUCAUCCGCAAGAACGCGUGCCACAUUUUCUACUAUAGACGGCAGCACAGUGCGGCUUAUUUCAACCUGAUGAUCUAAGUUCCAAACUUGGAACAGAAUCAUAUUUUCCCGGCUGGCAUAUGGAUUAAUAACAUGUGCACCGUAUCUACAUUGCUUUUCGUUCCACAGUCCCA